UCCUGAGUCAGUGCGCCGCAGCGGCGUCUCUCCCGCACAUCCGGGUGUCGCCUCCACAGCGCAGACGCGUCGCGGUGAUUGCAGCGCUUUGCGUUUCCGCGUUAGCAGCGGGGGGAACCAGCCGAGGGGAGGGAACGGAGCACAGCGAGAUUGGCCAAAUCUAACUGGAUUACUCUGCCCGUGUCGCGAUUAAAAUGAAAAAGAAGUGACAUUCGAGCCGGCGGCCGUGUUUAGGAAAUGAGCGUGGGAUUAUGACACGAGACGGGAUGACAACACUGCCUGACAUGUGAGACAUCAGGACAAAUACAACAACAGUGCGCUUGUGUGGCUGUCUCCGCCACCGUCUGUUUAUGCACAUUUUGCAUUCGUUUCGAAUUUGCUGGAGGCAAUAUGAAGAAGUUUAAUAUCAGGAAGGUGCUGGACGGCUUGACUGCGGCGUCCUCUUCCUCCUCCUCCGCCGCCGCGUCCCCUCAAUCGGGAAACAGGGAGAAUGACAUGAUUCAGGAGACUCUGCAGUCAGAGCAUUUCCAGCUCUGCAAGACAAUGCGACAUGGCUUUCCCUGUCAACCCUCCUCCAUGGCUUUUGAUCCUGUGCAGAAAAUUCUGGCUAUUGGCACACAAAGUGGAGCCCUGAGACUAUUCGGCCGAGCAGGAGUGGAGUGUUACUGCCAGCAUGAGAGCGGAUCGGCUGUCAUCCAGCUGGAGUUUCUUGUCAAUGAAGGGGCGCUGGUUAGUGCUUUGGCAGAUGACAGUAUUCAUUUGUGGAAUCUGAGGCAAAAACUUCCAGCCAUCCUUCAUUCUCUAAAAUUUAAUCGGGAGAGGAUCACGUUUUGCCAUUUGCCGUUUCAGAGUAAAUGGCUGUACGUGGGCACAGAAAGAGGGAACAUUCACAUUGUCAAUGUGGAGUCCUUCACCCUCUCAGGCUAUGUGAUCAUGUGGAACAAAGCCAUUGAACUUUCCUCAAAGACUCACCCUGGACCUGUGGUUCAUAUCAGCGAUAACCCUAUGGACGAAGGGAAACUUUUAAUUGGUUUUGAGUGUGGCAUAGUUGUGCUGUGGGACUUGAAAUCGAAGAAGGCUGACUAUCGGUACAGCUAUGAUGAGGCGAUCCACUCUGUGGCUUGGCAUCACGAGGGGAAACAGUUUGUGUGCAGUCACUCAGAUGGCACGCUUACCACAUGGAAUGUACGCGCUCCUGCCAAGCCUGCCCAGAUCAUUACGCCACAUGGUAAACAGCCCAAGGAUGGAAAGAAGCCCGAGCCAUGCAAACCCAUCUUGAAAGUGGAGUACAGAACUACCAGGGCAGGGGACCCAUUCAUGAUACUGUGUGGAGGUUUGUCAUAUGAUACAGUGGGUAGGCGAGCCUGUCUGACUGUGAUGCAUGGGAAAAGCACUGCAGUGCUGGAGAUGGACUACCCCAUAGUGGAUUUCCUUACGCUGUGUGAAACCCCAUAUCCAAACGAUUUCCAGGAACCUUAUGCGGUUGUUGUCCUGCUGGAGAAGGAUUUGGUUGUCAUUGACCUUGCACAAAUUGGGUAUCCGAUCUUUGAGAAUCCGUAUCCUCUGUCCAUCCAUGAGUCUCCGGUGACCUGCUGUGAAUAUUUUGCGGACUGUCCGGCUGAAGUCAUUCCUGCACUUUACUCAGUGGGCUCCAGACAGAAGAGACAAGGGUUCAGUAAGAAGGAAUGGCCCAUAAGUGGAGGUAACUGGGGCCAGGGAACACUAAGUUUCUCAGAGAUUAUCAUCACUGGGCAUGCUGAUGGAUCGAUCAAGUUUUGGGAUGCCUCAGCAUUAAUGCUGCAGGUUUUGUAUAAGCUGAAAACAGCGAAGGUGUUUGAGAAGCCCCGCGGUAAAGAGGAGAAAUCCAGUACUGAAAUUGUGGAUGAAGAUCCGUUCGCCAUCCAGAUCUUGUCCUGGUGUCCAGAGAGCCGUGUGCUUUGUGUGGCUGGAGUAUCAGCUCAUGUCAUAGUCUACAGGUUCAGCAAACAGGAAGUCACCACUGAAGUAGUUCAGCUCCUGGAAGUGCGUAUGCAGUGUGAGCUGAAUGAAGUGGAGACUCCCGAGGGCGGAGGCGAACAGGCGUCAGCUGUUUCCACCCCAGGAACCUCAUCCAGCCCUCAGACCAGCCUGCCUCAGUCCCACCCCUCCACCAGCAGCAACAACUCGUCUGACGGCCUGCGAGAUAAUGUGCCCUGUCUCAAGGUCAGGAGUUCUCCUCUCAAACAGUCUCCGGGCUACCAGGUGGAGCUGCUCAUUCAGCUGGUGUGGGUCAGCGGGGAGCCGCCACAACAGAUCACCAGCCUGGCCGUCAACUCUGCAUAUGGCCUAGUUGCUUUUGGCAAUGGAAAUGGUCUUGGUGUGGUUGAUUACCUUCAGAAAACUCUGCUUCUGAACAUGAGCACAGCUGAGCUGUACGGCUUCACAGAUCCUCACCACAGACAACCACACUCACCCCGCAAAACCAGACAGCCCUCGGCAGACACUCUGCAUAAGAAGUCUUGCAUGUCCGGCCUCUCUAACUUUUAUUCUGAAUCUGUGAAAAAGCUUCGUUCUUCUUACCUCAGUCUUUGUGAUGGUAAUGAUGCAUCAGCCACACCAGAGGAGAGAUGCAAAUCACCAACUUCAGGCUCCGGUUCACCGUGCAAUUCUGAUGAAGACAGCAAACAAAAGUUUAUUGACAAGGUGAAGUCCAAAAGCAAGCGGAUAUCCAAGACUGUUGCCAAUGACUUUGCUAAGAUAUCCCGGAAAAUUAACAUGAUUGCUGAUCAGAAAGAUGACGCCAGGGACAACUCGUUCAGCCGCUCACGCAGCUCCAGUGUGACCAGUAUUGACAGAGAGUCACGCGAGGUCAUUUCCUCCUUCUACUUUUGUGACUCCCUGUCCAAGAAGAGCGAGACUGUGGCAGUGCCCAGCCUGUGGGUUGGCACCUCAUUGGGCAGCAUGCUGGCCAUCGCCCUCACUGUGCCCUCCACACCAGAGCAGAGGAUGCAACAGUCCAUGGGCGUCUCUUUCUGUGGUCCAGUAGUGCGCUUGAAGGGAGGUAUUUUGCGCAUGGCUCAGCUGAAUGCCAGCGGGACCCUUCUGCCCCACGUAUACGAGUCCUGGUAUGAGCCCAACGCCCCUGAGGAGGAGAGAGAACGGCCACGGAGACGCCGGCCCACCUCGCCGCCUCCAUCUCAGGAGAACCCGGACUGUCAGUACAUUGUGGUCUGCUCAGAGAAACAGGCUAAGGUGGUGGCGAUGCCCUCCCAAAACUGUGUCUAUGAACACAACAUUACAGAGACCUCCUUCGUACUUAGAGCAGAUGUGGUGACGAUGACUGCAGGGGUCGGCAUCGCCUGCUUCUGUGCCAAUGGCCAUAUCAUGACCCUCAGUUUGCCCAGCCUGCGGCCACUGCUAGAUGUGAACUACCUUCCCCUGACAGACAUGAGGAUAGCCAGAACCUUCUGUUUCUCAAACCAAGGCCAAGCCCUGUACCUCACAUCGCCCACUGAGAUCCAAAGAAUCACCUAUAGCCAGGAAACCUGUGAUAACCUGCAGGAGAUGCUUGGAGAGCUGUUUACUCCAGUGGAGACACCAGAGGCUCCAAACCGAGGCUUCUUCAAGGGCUUAUUUGGAGGCGGGGCUCAGUCCUUAGACAGAGAGGAUCUAUUCGGAGAGGUGUCUGCUGGUAAGGCUUCACGCAGCCUGGCGCAGCACAUCCCAGGUCCAGGUGGUAUGGAGGGCAUGAAGGGGGCCGCUUCCGGUGUGGUGGGAGAGUUGGCACGGGCGAGGAUAGCUCUGGACGAGAGAGGACAGAAACUAGGCGAGCUGGAGGAGAGGACAGCAGCCAUGAUGUCCAGCGCUGACUCCUUCUCUAAACACGCGCAUGAUAUGAUGCUGAAAUACAAGGACAAGAAAUGGUACCAGCUCUGAGGUCCCUGCAGGGAGUCAGCGGACCUUCCUAUGAAGACAGCAGAUCCAUCAUCUCUCCUCCGUUUCUUCCUUCUCUUCCUGUAUCUUUCUCUCUCUGUGAUGUCCAGAGACUGCCACUCGCGCUCAGCACAACGUCACGCGGCAUUACCUCGAGCUGAGGAGCUGCGGAAAGACAGAGGAGACAGGAGGGGAAGGAACGGGACAGGCGAAACGCAUCACGACGGGAUUUCCUUCCCUUCUCGGUGGCAGUUGAGUUUCCUCUCCUGAUCUUGUCUUGGGAGAGGAGGCCCAUCACCGGUGCUGCCCCUGUCUUAUACCUUCAUCCGCCACGCUGUCAUUUUCACUGCCAUUCUGUCUGCAAAGAAACUACGGAAAGGACCUUUUUGGGAUAUGAAAGAUUUAAGAUGAAUGAAAUGGGUCAGAGGGACAUAGAGCUGACAAAAGAAGGUCUAACGUCUGCAGCAUUGCCAAGCUUAAUGCUUCUGAUAAUCUGUCACUAGAGCAAGAAUAGGAUGCAUGUCUAGUGAUUUAAUUUAGGAAAUUAGUGCUUUUUCUCAUUUUUGGAAUUGGGAUGAAUCUCAUCUAGCUAAUAUUUCACCCCAAAAUCAAUAUUUUGCAUAAAGAAAACCUGUUUUUAGGAGGCAGGCAUGUUCUUUAAGCAAAAUAUUACAUAAGUUUGAUUUUAGGUUGAAGCAUAACUAGAUUUCAUGAGAUUCACCCAGUAAUCAUGUUAGCUAUGGAAAAGGUCGGCUUGUCUUACAUAAGGUGUGAUGAAGUACCAUUUAAUUUCACCUCUAAAGGGCUGGAAGUUGCUGUAUUUACCACAUAUCAUGUGAUUAUUUUGCCAUAUGAAAUUGCAGACGAGCCUGGGCAGCAAAGCUGAUCUGAUCAUGUAUCAUUUUGUUGUUCUUUCGUCUAAAGGACGUAUUGGUUUACACUGAUCAGGUCUCAAAAGAGCUUUUAGGGAAGAGCUCUGACUUUGAUGUACACUAUACGCUGUGUUGACACUGGAGAAAGAUGUUCAUUUUAAGUAUAUAUAAAGAUCUAAUUAGCGUGACUGUCUAAAAAUGUGUCUGGCUCAUAUUACACCAAAAUCAAAAGAAAAAAUAUUUAGCAUGAAGACAAAUAAGUUUUUGUAAGAUUCAUUUUUGCUUCAUGCUUAGACAAAAACACUGUAAUACAAUUUAAAUCCGCGUAAAUUAAAGGCUACCACUAUGAUAUAUAAAUAUUUAUCAAUUUAAAUGUUUUUUAACAUUUUGGUAAAUUUAUUUAUUCAUUUUCUUUCAUUACAGAAUAAAAAUGUGCCUAAUUAUUCACAGUGCAAAAAAUUGGUUUGAUUUUCUGUAAACUGUAAUUUCUGAUUUCUCUGAUUUUUGGGGGCGAAAUAUGACCCAGACGUGCUUUUAAAAGGUUUCACCAGUAUGAAUAUAUGCUGGUUAUAUACAAACAGAGAUCUGGAGCACGUGAAUUAUUUUUGAUCUACAGGAGCAGGAUAUUUUUAGUGAGAGCUGGGAAGUGUGAGGCAUGAUCUUGAUUAUGUGCCUUGUGAUGAAUGACAUGUCAGAAACCCGUCUGCUCUCCGGACACGAGGGACACCGGUGGAAUGUGCCGAGAGUACUGAUUCUUCAUAUGCAAAACAGGUUCCUCCUCCUCCUCCUCCUCCUCCUCCUCAUUUCCCAUGAUGCAACUGCUCCUGGACGAGGAAAUCUCGAGGCUUAUGCGAGACGCAGUACAGUACCUGGUGACUUCCUCCUCUGAAGUACAUGACGAAUGGAUUUCUCUGUGUAUUUUCUAAGAAGCCUUUUCGGAUGGACUAAUGCAUGAGUUUGUCAUCCUCACAGAGAGGUGAAUAUAUCUAUCUCUGUGUUUGUUGCUGCAGUGGAGGUGACCACUAAAUGUUCAAUGCAACUCCAUACUCUCGAUCAGCAGCCCACGGAUGGGGGUUACCUUCUGCCUUUGCUUUGCGACCCAUGAAUAUAUGCUAACCUCGACUUCUGUGCGUAUACGUGUGUUCGUGAACAUACAUGUAUGCAAGAAUAUGUGUAUGCUCACGUUUAUAUAAACUAAAGAUACCAUAUAUUUGAAAGCAUAUGUUGGGAUGUUUUCUUUAAGUGUGUUUUCUUAUUUAUGAGGUGCAAGAAAUUGCUGCUAUUUGUGUUUAAAAUUAGGAGAAUCUGUCGAAUCUGUUGACGCUUGUUGUUUUCCAAUCAGGCGUAAGAAAGAGUUAGUUCUCUCAAAAAUGAAGAUUUGCUGAAAACGUACUCAUCCUCAGACCAUUCAAGAUGCAGAUGAGUUUGUUUCUUCAUGGGAACAGAUUUGGAGAAAUAUAGCAUUACGUCACUUGCUAAAGUGAAUGGGUGCCGUCAGAAUGAGAGUCCAAACAGCUCAAUAAAACAUUACAAUAAUCCACAAGAGUCCAGUCCACCCAUUAAUGUUUUAUGAAGCAAAAAGCUGUGUGUUUUUAAGAAACAAAUGAAUCUUUAAAGCGUUUUAACUAUAAACCAUUGCCUCUCGCAAAAAAUAUAUCCAUAAUCCAUAAUAAUGCUUCUUCCACUGAAAAAGUCCAUCCCCAGUUGUUCUGACAUUAAAUUCCACCCAUAUAUUUGUUUAGAGCUGUUCUGAACCGUUUUCACUUGUAAAUGGCACCUGAUUUGUGCAUAUUUUUCUCCGGAUUAAGGCAAGACAACUUUUUCAUUGGUGAAAGCAAAAUUAUGGACUCAAAAGGAUGGAUUUGUUUCUUACAAAUGCAUAGUUUUUUUGCUUCAGAUGUUGUUAACUGAUGGACUGGAGGGGUGUGGAUUACUUGUGGAUUAUUGUGAUGUUUUUAUCAGCUGUUUGGACUCUCAUUCUGACGGCACCCAUUCACUGCAGAGGAUCCAUUGGUGAGCAAGUGAUGGAAUGCUACAUUUCUCCAAAUCUGUUAUGAACAAACAAACUCCAUCUUGGAUGGACUUGAGGAUGAGUCAGCAAAUUUUGGUUUUUGGGUGAACUAUUCCAUGAAAGCUUUUCCGUUUGUUUUGUUUUUUUGUUUGUCACAUUGCUGCCAAAUGUUGUGAAUAUGAAUAUUUCUGAAGACAAACUUGAGAGUGCUGAUGCUGUCAAAGUUACUGAAGAUGGUGGCCGUGAUCUGACUAGACUCCAAAGAGUUGCUUUGCUGUGAAAGUAGAUCUAACAGAGAGGAGAGGAUGUUCCUUAUAAUUUAAAACAUCAGUGUCAUGGCAUCUCUACAUGUAUAGAUAGAUGGAUAGACAGAUAGCAAACUACUCCUGUUGCCAUGGUGUUUGUGUAAAUAUCUACCAAAAUUGCAAUUUUCAAUGUUGAAAAUCUAAUCCAGCUUCUCUGCUUCAUACAUAUAUAUAUAUAUAUAUAUAUACUUUUUUUUUUUUUUUUCUAUGAGCAGUUGUGUGGUUUUGCACUAUAUGUUUUAUAUCGUAAUGACAUCAAAGUCAUUUUAUUAUUAAUAUUUUUGUAGUUGGCAUUGGUCUUUAUUUUGGACAUUUUGUUUCUUUAAGAAGGACCAAAAUUAGACGGAUGCUAUGUGUAAAUGUGGCUCACACUCUCAGAUUUGUCCUCAUUGCCAGUUUAAUGAUAUUUGAAUGACAUUUGAAAUAUAUAUAUAUAUAUAGAAAUAUAUAAUUUACUUUUAAUUUACAAAUGAAUACUUUUAUUAUAUUGUUUGAAAGGAAAGGAUGCAUUUUAAGAUGAACUGGUUGUGUAUAUAUUCUCGCUGAAUCGAACAUGAAAUCUUUUCUGGUGAGCCAUCUGCUUGGUUGUCUGUGGAAGACUGAAAGACGACCUGAAGAAUCUCUGAAAUCACUGGCCAUCUCUGUGUACUGUUUGUCCUCUGAUUUCUCUUGCACAAAAGGCAGCAUGAUAUCGUGUUUACAAACUUGAAACAUCCUUCUACAUUAUAUUUUGGCUCUUUUUCUUUAGUCCUGCUAGUGAGAUGUUUGUAAAGGAACAAAUCACGAGUAUUUACUCUCUAUUAUUGAUGAUUAUGAAGGCGAGAUUUUUUUUUCCUGAUAGUAUACUCUCAGCAUUGUUAUUUGAGUUUCCCUGAACAUCGUCGCUGUACUCCAGAAAAAGAAAAAGAAAAACUCUCCUGAAAAGGGUCGGUUUUGGGGAAGAUUCCCCGUGGGGUUACAGGUUUUCUCAUCAUAGCCAAUUUAUUGUACAGUUUUAUUAUUCAAACUUUCACAUGAAUGUUUGUCUUAAUCUGCUGCCACCCAACAGUUUAGGAAACAUGUUUAUAGACAUAACUGUGCAAUGGAAAAUAAAUGUAACAGAAAGAUUUCUUUA